AUUAUCUACACUCCAGAAGCAGAUCAUGGCAGAUUCCCCCAGAUCCUCGCCGUUCAAUUUCAGUAAUUUCAAGGACUUUAAAGUAAUCUCCUCCUCCGAAGUCACGCCUUCCGGCACGCCAGACAAUUUCCUAGGCGUCUCACCCGCGCAACUUGCCUCGUUCUCCCCAUCAGCACUAGACGCGGCCACGAACGCGGUAGGAAGCUCAGCGACAGUACAGCUCAAUGCGGGCCCGGGAUUCGGAAAACAGCCCGCUCAACGCGACCGGCUGACGGACUUGUCGCAGCUUACGCAGUUGAAUGCGGGUGAGCGGAGGCCGGUGUUUGGAAGAACAAAGAGUGAGAUGCUCGAGCGGAGAGAGAUCGAGGAAGUCAUUGAUCUGAUCCGCCAGCGGCCUGGAACUAUCUCCGAGGCUGGCCUUGCUCGUCUUGCGAGAGCGAAUCAACUAGAUUUCUUUGCAGACGACUACGACUGGGGAAAACGUCUCACACUAGGCGGCAAGAUCUCGGUCAUCGACGUCGAUCUGCAGUUACCUAGCAACAAAGUAUCAGAAGUCAUCUGCACCCUUACAUCCAGCUCAAGCGGUCCACAGCGACAGACCGUGCUGUACAACAAUCUCCAGGAGCCCACGCUCGAUUCCUUUGCGCGCAAUGUCGAGCGAUUCGCACGUCUAGAUCGACUUUCGCCGGGUCCAGAAAAGCUCGCGGCAGGGGAGUCGGAUAACUUUCAGAUCAUCGAGAAUUUAUACAAGACCGCUCUUGCGAGAAUUCAUAAGCACGAAUGUUCCCUCCAUCUAGAUCCGGAGAGCGAGGGCCAUGGACUUCCGGUGAUUGACGACGACGGCGUGCUCGGACUUUCUAUCUGGUACUGGUCUCGUCAGCACAAACUCAGCAAUGACUCGUCGACCACAUCAAAAGAGAAAUGGAGAGUUAUAGUUGAGAUAGAUACGGGCCGGUCAGGAAGUGGCUGGGGUGUGUUGCAAAACAAUGACUAUAUCGGCAGCGAUAUAGUGAAUCCAAAUGGUGGUAUAAACUGGCAGGAGCCGGACUACAGUAACCUCGAGGACCAAUCCAACGGAUUUGUCCUUGUGCUAGACCCGCCUGUCCUGAUCCCAUACUACGACGCCGCGAUUCUCGAUCCGAACGGAGAAGCAGAAGCAGAAACGAUUCCAACUCUUGAGGGAACAGAGUUCAAAUCACUCUACUCGCGACGCACGAUCUAUGACCGGAACGGAGACCCGAUCGAGUACGGUUUCAGUUUAUCAUCUGCGCGGAUGCCAGAGACCCGAAGAGUUGAGAAAAUCUACAUUUCGCAUCCACGACAGAUCCAAUCAGUUUUCGAGAUCCUCCGGCAAAGUAUCCGCGUGCGUUCGUUAAUCGACAGCGUAUUCCAUCAGCGGUAUCUGGACAGCAAACCCUCGCACGGCAGCACGCCCAGUCUCGAAAGUUUCCUUCUACGGUCAAGCUUAGUCUCGCAUCCAAACUCAAUGACAUUCCACAUCGAAUCCCCAUACGGCAAAGCUCCAAAGCUAAGCCUGCUUCUGCCAACCAAGGACAUGUCAGUCUCUGACUGUCGAAUUUCCUGCUUCACAUUCGAGAUUGGCCGAAACGGAACGAUUAAAGUCAAGAGCUCGUCUGUUAACGAAAACCUGGAGUAUGCUGGAAAGCGUGAGCUUGAGGCGGCGUUGGAAAAUGGUUUGAAUGUUUCUGAGGAUCUGGGGAUUACGGGUCAUUGGCUAUAUGAGCAGAUUCAGUAGUGUUUCCCGGUCUAUGUUUUUAAUAUGUCUUUUUCUGGAGUUAGGGUGGAAACAAAAGUCUUUGAUGAUUUUUAUUCUAUAGACAUAUAAUCAUACAAUAUAUAACUGUAUAAUAAUAUUCGUUUGAUAUCAAUAAUAAUAAAGUAGUAAAAUGCUC